UGCAUGAUGUUGCCAUGACGAUACCUGCAACAUUAUGAAAUCACAAACACUAUAUGAGUACUGUCAGCAUUUCUGAAAGAGUUUUCCAAACACAACAACACGUUGUGUUUUGUAGGUCGAAAAUGUUUUUUCAAUCCAGUCCCGAAGUGUUCAACAAAGCCCUGACGGAAAUGUUUCUCCCGAACGGACAUGUUAUUCUGGAGGAGGAAAUUGAUGAGGAUUAUGUUCCUUCCCGCGAAGAGAUCCAAGAAUAUGCCCAGGUCAUUGGCAUCGAUCCUGAUCGGGAGCCAGAACUCAUGUGGCUGGCGGAGGAGGGAAUCGCACAGCCGCUGCCUGCUGGUUGGAAGCUCUGCCAGGACAGCAUGGGCCAGAGGUAUUUUUUCAACUUCUUCACGUUCGAUUCCACCGAGGAGCACCCCUGCAAAAAGCAUUAUCGCUACCUUGUGGUGCAUGAGCGCAAGCUGGAGCAAGAGCGUGAGAAGGCUCUUGACUCCGGUCUGGGCUCUAGGUCGGCGGAACUGAGCCAGGAGGAGUACGUGAUUCCUUCUUUGUCCGAGUUCGAGGAGGAUGAAGAGGACAAAUUCAUGGAGGGAGAGACCCAAACAGAUGAUGCAUUUCUGGAGGAAGUCAUUGAGGCCUGCAAAAACGGUGAUACCAGAGAGAAGGAACCCGAGUCGCUUGUCACAGCCCUCUCGUAUGACCACAGCCCGGAGCCGCCAUCCCAGGAUGCCUCUCACUCAAACCCCAGACUGGGGGUGGACAGGGGCAGUGCGAGUCUCGGGAGGAGGUCAGAAACUUCCCAACGGAGCGUGGCGUGGAAUCCUUGCCCCACCCUGGUGGAGGAGCUCAGGCUUGGUCAGGAGAGCGAGUCGGAGGUCGCGGUCAAGAGGGCCAGAGUCCUACAGGAGCACCUGCUGGAGAACGAGGAGCUGUGGAGACUGCAGAAGGAGAAGGCGGACAGGAUCCGGGCCCUGAAGCAGGAAACCGAGGAGAUGCUGGAAGCUGAGAGGCAACAUCUGGCCAGGGAGACGGGGGAGCAGCUGCAAGCUGUCAGAUCAGAGCUGAGCGCCUUGCUGAAGGAGGCGAGGCAGGAGGUGCAGCAGGAGCAGAAGGAGCUGCUGGAGCUCCUGAGAGAGGAGCAGCGCCGUGACCUGAGGUCCAUCAGGGAGAGUCACCAGGCCGAGAAGGAGCAGCUGCUUUCGCUUCUGCAGAAGGAGAAGACGAGGCUGCGGGCAUCCUGCAGCGCCCAGGUGGAAGAUCUGCGCACGCAGCUGGAAUCCAUCCUGCAGGAAAUGCGCACAGAGCAGAUGCUUGAGAUAAAAGAUCUGAAAAAGAGACGACAAGAGCUGCAGGAUGGAGAAAAGGAGAUGCAGGAAGAAAAUGAGAUUCCACCCUGCCUUCUGCAAGAGAGGGACAGCCUUCAGGCGGAGGUGGAGCGCCUGCGGGAGGAGGUGGACAGGGUGCGGGAGGAGAGAGACCGGGCCAGAGAAGAGAGCUGGUGGCUGAGGGAGGAGAAGCUCCGGCUGGAGAGCAAAGUGGAGCUUCUGCAGGAGUACCUGGAACUGAGCCAGCGAAGCAGCGGCAGUGAUGUGGAGCACAGCGAGAGCUCAAGGCGCCCAGCGAACAAACCCAGCAUGAGUAGCAAUGAGCCCUACAGCAGCACUGGCUCCCAGCCCACAGGUGCAGCCAAGAUGCAGCAUUUGAAUGAGUCUGUGCAGCAGAUUUCGGGUCAGCUCAGCUCUGCGUUGUGGGCUUUGGACUUCUUGAUCCAGAGACAAGCGUCUCUCCUGCCCCCUGGUCAGCCCUCCUACACUUGCCUCCCAAAACAUCUUCACCAUUCUGUCUCGUAUGACCCUUCCUGGGCUCCCCAUAGCCAGAAUGCCCCAGCCUGGGGUGUGGAGGAGAUGCCUAGCAGCCACUGGGGCAGGCUUCCUCCUGGUAUGUCCUGGGACUCGCCGUGCUCCUAUAGAGAUGUAUGCCUAUGUCUGACCCUUCCCCUUUGCCCAAGCACCAUUCUACAAAGGGGAGACGUAUGAAUUAGAUCUAAUUAGCUAUGACUAAACUGGGAGAAAAUUGAUCAAAUUUGUAUUGAAAUUAUUAAAAAAACGUGCUGAACUCGAAAAUUAAUAAGGAUACUGGGUGCUCGAAUUCCAAAAAUAUUGGGCAAGUUGGAUAGAGGAGCACUUUUCAAGCUUAGUGAAACAAAAACUUUAAUUUGUACAGUACAGAUGUGUUUUGGCAAGAUGUAAACACAAUAUGUAGACCUUCUCAUUGGACCAAAGUCGAGACCAACACUGAACAGAAAUCGUAUCACAAGGGUAGCCUGAAUAACAGUAAGGGGUAUAAGUACAAAAAUAACAUACAAAUUAAUGGAACAAGGUUGGUUGGGGAAAAUUAUUGAAAUGUGUAACCAUAGAAAUAAUGAUUAAAAAACCAAAAAUUCACAAUCCAUUUUUGAUAAUAGAUGACAAAAACGGGUUACAAAAAAAGUGCAGGGCUAUGUCCUCAUGAACACCUUUGGGUGAUACUGCUGACACUAUGGUAUGUUCUGGGUUUGAUACAGAUACCGAGGGAUGAGUUCAAAUCCCACUCCUCACACCAUGGUGUGUCAUUCUGGGUUCAAUAUAAACACGCAAACACACUUUGGAAGGGAAUUAUCUUUACUAAUGGAGACUUCAGUUUUGCACGCGGGAUAGCAGACUCCUUAAAUCCUUAGGUACUGCAUAUAAAUUAUAUUAAGCAAACCUUUUCUUCUAUCAUUACACUUUGAGUACAAGGUGGCGUUUGGAGAGCCACAGAAAGGACUCAAGUAUGAAUGAGCCGAGAGCGUGUACCUGAUACAUGGUGCCCGUACCCUGUCCCCUCUACGGCGUCCACUGGCACUUAAACGGAAAUAGGCUGUACCUGUGAUUUAAACAGGACUAUAAACUUCAGUUUACCAAAUGCAAACAAUCACUAAACUGUACUUUCUGUAAAAGAAUUUUUGACUAUAUAUUGUUCAUACACCAACCUGAAAGGCUCAUCAAAAAUUGAGAUUGGUAUCUAAUGAGUCCGAAUAGGUUCAGCCAAAGGUAGUAAUGAAUUUUUACUACACAAGUUACAGGUGGCACUAACCCAGUGUUUAGGGAACAACAUGAUAAAAACACUUGAGAUCCAUGGGUUUGACACCUGUUUUCACUCACGUUUGGAAAUUAAGGUUGCGUCAUGUAUAGAUGACAUCACAGAUUUUUUUUUCUCUGAAUUAUAGAACACUAAUGGGUAUUUGAAAGUAACCCUAGAAACUACAUCACUUUUUCUAACAGCUUAUGAUUCUAAUUUGUAAUUUUAUUCAAUAGGAAAUGCAAAAUUGGAUCUUUCCCAGGACCCUAAACUCAAGAGCCAAUACUGACCAGUCUCAAUAACAUUUUCCCAGCUAUAUUUCCAUAUCUGCACUGUAUGUCUGCACUCAUCAUUCUAAUUUUGAACAGGUCUGUGAUGUCAUGGAUGAGGAGCCCCCCCC